AUGGCCACUAAUCAAUAUGAUGUCGGUGUUCAAAAACCUAAAGACAAAUCAGAUCCUAAACAAUGCCAAAUGUCUACAGAGGAAGACAUCGAUUACUCACAAAGGGGACAGUGGCUUCGUGCAGCUGUCUUGGGAGCCAAUGAUGGUUUGGUUUCUGUUGCAUCUCUAAUGAUAGGUGUUGGAGCUGUGAAAAAAGACGUCAAAGCUAUGAUUCUUUCUGGCUUUGCCGGACUAGUUGCAGGUGCAUGCAGUAUGGCAAUAGGGGAAUUUGUUUCACUACCAAAUCCUAUCCAGGCAGCUGUACCAUUAGCUCUUGCAUUUUCUUUAGGAGUGAUUGUUUGGAGGCACUCCUGUGGUGAAGUCUUGUUUUAG